AUGGACUUCUACUCGUCACUCAACUCCAGCCAGCUCAAUACACAGAAACCGACUCUCUUUGAGGUGGUCUCUUGUGCCCAAUUGGACUCGCUUCUCUCGCCGUCCUUGAGGUUUCUCUUGGCCCACUACACACACAGGUAUCCACGGCUGUUGAUCCGAGUGCUCAACAACUUUGACGAGCUCAACUCCUUGCUUUGGGGUUUUAUCCAGUACAAGUAUUUGGAGACGUGGAAUGCCACGUUCAUCGAGAAGUUCUAUGGUAUCAAACGCAUAUCGUCCAGACCAUUGCUACCCAAGUCGCCCGAGGUAGUGGCCGCCAACCCUGCAAAGUACCACGAAAUUACCAAACUCAGCUCAUUGCAGAUUCUUCUCUCCUUGAUCGAUACUGUUGGAAUCCCCUAUCUCUCAACAAAAUUACAGCUGUAUCAUGAACAGCUUAUUCCUCAACAUCUUUUGGACACUGUCCACUUGGACGUGCCCGAGGAGGAGAAAUCUGGACUGAAAAAGCUACUGAAAGAAGCAUUUUUCAAGUUAUACCCCUCAGUGAAAUUAUCCUUGAAAUUGUUCACGAUUCUGCUUCAUAUCCUUUAUUUAUCGGACAAGACUUCAUCGGUAUCCAUCAUUCAGUUGUUGUCAAAAGUGUCAUAUGCUCGGAUAACCAGAGCUGACCACCUGAGAGUGGAGUCACGGUUCACUCCCAAGGAGCAGAGCCGGGAUCAAGUCCUUAAUAUUCCUCCGACGCUGUCAUCGGUCCUCUUCUCCAAUAUCCAAGCAUUAGCCCUCCCUCUGCAAAAGAUUGCAUGGGCAACAACUGACACAAUCUUGCCAGUCUCCAUUUUUCUGUUGAAAUUUCUAGAGUGGUACAAUGCCAAUCGAAGUGCCCAUGAGGACAAAAAUAGCGAUAACAACAAGUUUAUCGAUGCACCCGUCCCUCCAAUAGUGCCGCCGGAUGCCUUGAACUCGAAGGAAGUCAAAGCAGCAAUCACUACUACGGACGCCGCAUGCAGAAUAUGUCAUGAAGAGAUACACAACCCUGCUAUCAUAGAAACGGGAUAUGUGUUUUGCUACAAAUGCAUCUACGAAUAUUUGAGGGACCAGCCAAAGGAAACCGGAGGAAGAUGUCCGGUGACGGGGAGAAGGUUGUUAGGUUGUUCAUGGGGCGAGACCCGAAAUGAAUGGAUUAUCAAAGGCUUGCGACGGGUAAUCAUAUAA